CACUUUUGCCAGGGAGCGCAGUGGGAAGCACUUCACAGACAGGAUGAAACAGUCGCGGCGAAGCCAGCAGACAUCAACCAGCUGGUGAGCCCCUGUCGCUCCGGGCUGAUGCAGCUGGGGACAUGCGUGGGAGGCAGGAUGCUCCACAUAUGCGGGCGGGGGUGAGCCCCACGCCGCAGAACAAGAAAACUCAGGCGCUGAGAUUAAUUUGACAGUGGGCCUGCGAGGUCUAGGCAGCAGGUGCUUGCCACCAACGCCUACAGUCAGCUUCUAGUUUUGGACCCUUCAGACAGCACCUGGUGAAUUCCAGCUGGGAAGCCGUAAAGGAACUCUCCAAGCUGGGUUUAGGGGGGGACACUGACAUAGAACUUCGAACUCUGCAGCUGCCCGUGGAUUACAGGGAGGUGAGUCGGAGGCUCACCACAAUCUGGGAAGAUGUGCGACCACAAGUAAGUGACGCCUGGAGAGGCAGUGGGCCUGGGAGGCUGCUGAUGUGCCAGGGCCUAGGAACUUUCUGGACCUUGUUCUAGGUUUGAUUUGAAGGCUGGAGUGCACCUUUUUCCCCGAGCCCCAUCAACAGUGUGAGGUACAAGCUUCUGUUAUAAAAUUCUGGGUUUGUAUAGCAGAAAUGAGAUUUUUUUUUUCCAAGACAGGGUUUCUCUAUGUAGCCUUGGAACUCGCUUUGUAGACCAGGCUGUCCUCGAGCUCACAGAGAUCUGCCUGCCUCUGCCUCCCGGGUGCAAGAAAUGGGAAUCUUAUUUCAAGCAAGAGGACCUGAAUGAAGUCCCAUUUAUGGCUGUGGUGCUGGCUGCUCUGAGGGACUUAGGCCAAAGAGCCUGGGGGCCUGGGUAAGAAGGUUAGAUGAUAGUCCACCCAGGGUCAGCCCACCUUCAAAGCACCCUGCCAGGGUCCUGGUGUGGUGGCUCACACCUUUGAUCUCAGCACUUGGGAGGCCUAGAGGCAGGUGGAUCUUUGUGAGUUUAAAACUGGCCUGGCCUACAUUGUGAGUUCAAAACCCCAUUCCAAGCAAACAAAAGCACUCUGCUUACAUAGUAACUGAACAUAAACACUGUAUAAAAAGGGGGUACAAACAUCCAUUCCCCAAAAGGUAAGAGAAUGAAGGAGAUCACACACAGCACCCUGUGGUAAGAGUCUACCCAAAUGCUGCAACAAACCCCUCUGCAGCUAUUUUCAAAAGAGGCAAAAUAAAGUCUAACAAGAUUUGAUGAGACUACUGCUAGCCCCUUUUAUGAAAGUUUCAUUAAAAAAUAUGUGAUUCUGCUAAAGAGCUAGCUUCUUCCGGGGUCAUCUUAGAUACCUGCUUGCUCCCACCCACUCAUGGGGAAAGGGAACACACAGCCUUAUAAGAGCAGUUUGAAACAGAACAGUACUUGAAUGUAGAUAUAACAUGUCUUCUAGUCAACCCAAAGAGAUGUUCUUUUUGGUCCAGUUCCAUUAAUCAGGGGCCCAGGCAGGGAUCCUGGAGUUUCCUGGUGGAUUUGGAGCUUGAUCUGUUUUGUACCCCAGAGCUGGGCUCUGCCAUGCCUGGGUCUUUCUGAACAUCUAGUGAUCUGGUGUCCGUCGAUUUCUGAUAUGUGUGUUCACAUAGCUUGCUGUGCAUGUGGGCAUGGACACUUCCACCAAGGCCAUCUUUCUGGAACAGUGUGGCAAGAACCGAAGUUAUCGGCAUACAGAUAUACGAGGUUUCCAGCCUGAGGGUGGAGUGUGCCUCUCAGGUGGCCCGGAAGUGAUGCACUCUGUUGUCAGCAUGAAGGGAGUCUGCCGGCAUGUUUCUGUUGAGGAUGUCGAGGUGGCCUUUUCCCGAGAUGCAGGCAGGUACGUCUGUGAUUACACCUACUACCUUUCCCUGUACCUCGGAAAUGGGCACGCAGCGCUCAUCCAUGUCCCUCCGCUGUCACACCGGCUCCCAGCCAGCCUUCUGGGCAGAGCCUUGCAAGUCAUCAUCCAAGAAAUGCUGGAAGACAGUGAGGAGGUCCAGACUCAAAAGUACAGCAGCCAAAGGGAAGCCGCAGGGGGAUGCCUCCUUUAGAGGAAGUGUUUCAACCCUCGGUGGAAAAGCCCGCUGUGCUGCGGAGUCUCUGAAAGAGUGGCUUGUGAGACAGGGUACAUGGCUGGGGUGGGGAUGGGGGGAAUGAGGCCACAGAACGACAGGGUUAGUUUAGUGUCCAAAGCGAAGAGAAGAUUCCCAAAGGCAGAUGCCUCACAGGGGAUUAGCUAGCUGAAGCUAAGACUUUCAGGACUUUUUUUUUGGUUUUUCGAGGACAAUUUUAUUGCAACCCAGUAGUUUCCCUUCCAAGGCUGUGUGGUCCUUCCUACAUUGAUGGGGUGAUGGAGCUGCUUCAGAGGUUCCAGAAAUGGAGAUGUAGCUCUGGCUCCAGGGGCCCCAAUUCUGGUCCCUAAGCUUGUCAUUUAGGUCUUCUGAAUGGCUUUGGGGGCCACCCAGUCUCUAGUGUUUGGCUUUCUCCUUUCUCUGUCUCUGUCUCUCUCUUGUCUCUGUCUGUCUUUCUCUGUCUCUCUCUCUCUCUUUUAACAAUUUUUAAUCGAGUAGUUCAGUGGUAUUUAUUUCAUGCACUCUGCGGGGUGUUCAUCAUCACAGUGCAUCUCUAGAACUUUCUCGUUGGAAUGCGAAAUGCUACCCCAGGCUCCUGUGUUUGAAGCACUUGGUCCCCAGCUGGUGGUGGUGUGUUGGAGGGCUGUAGAAUCUUUAGAUGGUGGAAGCUUGCCUGAGAAAGUGAGUUACUGCCAGCAAGUGUCCACAUUUUAUAGCCCUCCCCCUGCACUUCCCACUUCCUGUCACUCUGGCUUCCGGAAAGCAGAUGCCACGUGACCAGCCUGCCUCCUGCUGCUGCCACUAUGGCUUCCCUUUGAACUGUAUGUACACCAGAACAAAUUGCUUUUGCCCCAGCACCCGGCCACAACAGGAGGAAAAGGAAGGGAUCCACCAUUAAACAACAGCUCCCUAUUGUUUCUCUUCCUCAGUCUUUGGCAAGCACCGCUAUACCCCAUUUCUACCUGCACGAGUCCUGUACCUAAUGUAAGUGGAACCUUACAUUAUCUGUGUCUCUAGGUUCAUCCAUGUGGUAGCACAGGAUAGGAUCUCAUUGCCUUGUAAGGUUGAACACUACUCCACUGUAUGAAUACACCACACUUGUUUUCCCCACCAUCUAUAGACGGUCACUUAAUAAAUGCUGCUUUGAACAUUGA